CAGAACUUGUCUUAGUCAAUCAGGCGAUGAAAUGGAGAGACGCUCAGAGUUACUGCAGACAGAAUCACAUUGAUCUGGUCAGUGUGAGGAACCAGAACGAGAAUCAACAGGUUGAGCAGAUCAUUAGUGACAGACAGUUAUCAGGAUCAUGGAUCUGGAUCGGUCUGUUCAGAGACUCAUGGCAGUGGUCAGAUCAGAGUAACUCUUCAUUCAGAGACUGGGACACUCGUGAACCUAAUAAUGAUGGAGGAAAUGAAAACUGUGCAGCUCUUAAUGCUCAGAGAAAAUGGUUUGACGUCUCUUGCACCAAUCAAUAUCCUUUUGUGUGUUAUGAAGAUCCUGAACUGAUUGUGAUCAGAGAGAAUGUGACGUGGCCUGAAGCUCUGAGAUACUGCAGACAGAAUCAUGUGGAUCUGGUCUCGGUUCAUUCAGAAGAGAUGCAGCGUCGUGUGAUGAACGUGGUUAAACUGGCGUCUACUGCGGAGGUGUGGUUGGGUUUACGUCACUCCUGCACUGUGGGCAUCUGGUUCUGGGUGAGUGAAGAUACCGUGUGCUAUCAGAACUGGGCUCCAGGGAACGGCACAUCAGAUGAGGACUGUGAACACACAGUGAGAUCUGGAGCAGUUCAGUCUGGAGGAGAUCAGCGCUGGAUCAGUCUUCCUGAGACUCACAAACUCAACUUCAUCUGCAGCAGAUAUUCAGAGUGA